CGUAAGAUACGGGGAAACCAUGAUGCUUCGAGUACCCGUUUCAAGAGUAGUGUGAAGGUGUAAUAGGAACAGUACAUUCAAUGCGAUUAAGUGUCCGAGCACUUUUAAACACCAUCCACAAGCCACUGGUUUUCAAUGUGGUACUUUUGAUUUUUAUGUCUUUCUAAUUAUGUAGCCAUCGGAUUUAAAGUAGAGGUUUUGGAGGAAGUUAAUGGUUUUCGCAGAUACCAUUAGACAUACUGCGAACAAUAGACAAAUCCUUCGGCCCCGUAUUUGUCUACAUUUAUAAACUGUAGUUUACUUGAGUGUGCUAUGACUUAAAACAGGAUCUCUAGUUUUGCUUUCCGUCUUUUCAUUUGAUGCGGUGAACCUAAGCAAACGUUUGGGUCAGGAUUGUCCAUAUCUUAUACUCCGUAAACUGAGGAAGGCCAGCGUUUUCUGAUUUCUGUAUAUAUAUAUUUUUUUGCCAAGCGUUAUUAAACACCCCCAGAACCGCAGUGCAACCGAGUGACAAUAAGCUUAUUGUUUUGCUUUUGGGAAACAGUGCUUUUAAAACAAGAGCAGUAAUGAAAAUGAGGCUUGAACUUAUUGGAUCGUUUUGUUUCUAUUUUGGAUACCUCGUAUUCAAAACGUUUUGCAUAUCGACGGAAUUUCCAGAGAGAGAGACGGUCUUUGGGAAAGUCCGUGGCCGCGUCAGUGAGCGGAUUAUCGGAUCACCGGUGGAGGAAUAUCUAGGAAUUCCCUUCGCGUCCCCACCAGUAGGAGCAAAACGAUUUCAGAGACCUAUCAAACCUGAUUCUUGGAAUGAUGUACUGAACACGACACGACUCCCACCUGCCUGCUGGCAGGGCAAAAUCAACGCAAUCUACAUCAAGGCGCACAUGCCAGAAUUUGAUAUCAAUGACCAGAGUGAGGAUUGUCUGUAUCUCAAUAUCUUUGUGCCAAAGUCCAUAGAAAAGAACAUAACGUUCCCAGUGAUGUUUUACAUCCAUGGCGGAUCUAACAGAGCUGGAAUGGGGGCGAUGCUUCCCGGUGACUUAUUAGCUGCCCAUGGACAAAUUAUUGUGAUCAAUUUCAACUACAGACUGGGUUUGCUAGGAUUUUUAUCAUCUGUGGAGAACAACUUCCCGGGAAACAAUGGACUCUUGGACCAGGUUCUAGCGAUGAAGUGGGUCAACUCCAACAUCCAGUACUUCAACGGGGACGUCAGUAGCAUCACUAUUGUGGGUCAUAGCGCUGGGGCGGGGGACACGGGGCUCCACCUGGUGUCUCCUCUCACAAAAGGUUUAUUUAAAAAUGCCAUUCUUAUGAGCGGUUCGCCAUUAGCGCACUGGGCUAUGGCAAUGCCGAACCAAUAUCCCGGCUCCAAUAUUAACUCCACUAUUCUGAGAAUAGCGUUAAAUGCUGCCGACAUAAGACAGAUCAGCGUACAGGACCUUAUAGCGAUCGAGGCCAUUUUGUCAAAAUUACUCCCCUUCAGCGUGGUUCCUUACCCAGCAGUUGUCGACAACUAUUACCUGACUGAACAACCUAGAACGUCUUUCAAAAAUGGCGACUUUCACGGAGAAGCUUUCUUCUUAUCAUUUACUGCAGACGAGAGCUUUGCUGAUCUCGGAUUAUUCAAGGACGCCUCUUUUCCCGGUUUUCUUGUACGAUACGAGCCAUUUUAUCCUAAGAUAUGUAAUUUCCUAGAUGUCCUUACGGAGGCGUAUAGCGAUGUCAACCCCUCCGGAAAAAGGCUUAUUGAGGCUGAAGCCGAUAUGCUUUUUUAUGCCGGCAUGAUGGAAUUGGCCGAUCUACUUUCUGACUCAGAAGCCAAGCCGGAGGUGACUGUCCUUGAAUACGACAUAAUUAUGCCAUACUUGAAUAAUCCCAAAUGGCAAGGUGUAAACCACGGGCAAGACAUCUUUUACCUGUUUGGGGUUCCCUUACUGGGCAAGCCGGAUGUAAAUUUCACGAGUUCUGACGUUGAAGCCAGCAAAGCAGAGAUGACGUUGUACAGUAACUUCGUUAAAUCCGGGUUGUUUACGUCAGACGGGAAAACAAGAGUGGGUAGUCUGUACAACAAAGACAGUAAGAAAUACAACAGAAUGUCCCUACAGGGUAACAUUGUAUCCAUAGAACAGCUCCAGAACUUCCGUGCUUCCAAGAUGAACUUCUGGAACAAUGUGGUUCCAAACACAAAUUUCACGUGCAAUGCGUACUCCUCCGCCGCCCCAGGACGUUAUUUUGAUAUGAGUUUAUUUUUCCUUACUCCGUGUGAACUUGUUUUAUUUUUUUAUGUCAAUAAAUAUCUCUAGGCAUCGAAUAAUGAAUACUUAUUGUAUACACGGGGUAAUUCUGUUACUACUAGGCAGCGAAGGGUUAUCAUAAAAGAAAGAAAAAAUCGUUAAAAAUA